AUGGCGGCUGGAGAUCCAGUUUUGUAUAGCUUGUAUGUCUACGCUCCCAACCGAGGAGCACCAAUUUUCUUCGCCGUGGCAUUCGCCAUUUCUGCUGUCUUUCAUAUUUGGCAAUGCUGGCGUUACAAAGCUUUUAGAAUGAUCGGACUUCACUCUGUGUGCGCUGUGUUCUUCACAGUUGGCUUCAUUUUCCGAGAAUACGCAUCAUACCAUUAUAUUUAUACCGCUACUGAAGGACCGCCUCUCAUUAUAUUCAUCCUUAGCCAAGUCUUUAUAUACAUAUGCCCUCCUCUUCUCGAGCUCUCCAACUAUCAUAUCCUCGGCCGAAUAUUUUAUUAUGUGCCACACUGCGCUCCGAUACCUGCCUCUCGAGUUCUCAUUACGUUUGGCGGCCUCAUGGCUCUUGUCGAAACUUUGAAUGCUGUAGGAGCUGCUUUAUCUGCGAAUCCCUCAGCAUCGCCUAGUCAGCAGUCGCUCGCUAGCAAUUUGAUCAUAGCUGUACUCGUCAUUCAGCUCGGUGUCAUACUCAUUUUCAUCUGUCUGGCUGCAAUGUUCCAUACGAGGUGCACAAGAGCUGCUGUACAAACCAAGGCUGUCAAUACUAUGUUAAUUACGCUUUACACGAGUAUGACACUGAUCUUCAUAAGAUGCAUCUACCGGCUGGUAGAACAUACUGGCAAUACAAAGAUAGAUAUUGCUGACAUUGAGGCCCUCAGACUGUUGAGUCCUCUUUUGCGCUACGAAGUCUUCUUCUAUAUUUUUGAGGCUACUCUUAUGCUUCUCAAUUCCGUCCUAUGGAAUGUAUGGAACCCAGGUCGCUUCUUGCCAAAGAACAUUCACACUUACCUGGCACAAGAUGGAUCCGAGGCCACGGUGGAAGAAAUACCGGAUAACCGCUCACUUCCUGCUAAGAUCGCGAAUGUGGUGACAUUCGGAAUCUUGUGCCGUAGAAAGACUACGACGGUGAGAUUUGAGGAAUUAGCCGAGUAUGAUAGAAAUGAGCUUGCCAGUACGCAUAUAACCAAAUAA